CUGAUCAUGGGUUGCUGUCAAUCGUCUUUCUUGAAACCAUCGUCCUUGCAUGACAAGAAAAGAACCUCCGACGAUAUUUCCGGCCGCCGUGGAAAAGGAAGCAAACGUAGUAAUCGCCACCGUAAUCCUCCGAACGUCAAUGAAGGCAGGGGGUGGCAUUUUUCCGACGUGCCGGACUUCUCCGAGUUCUCCGCAACGGCUCUUCGUGACGCUACAAACAAUUUCGACCAAAACGCAGUCGUAUCGGUUGGUUCUGAACAAGAACCAAACGUUGUUUACCGAGGCUGCAUUCAAAACGACAAAGACAUACGUCUUAUUGCCGUUAAAAAGUUCUCAAACUCAACAUGGCCUGAUCCCAAACAAUUUGCGGCAGAAGCUCGGGCUAUCGGGAAACUGAGGCACGUAAGACUGGUGAAUUUGAUAGGUUAUUGUUGUGAGGGAGAUGAAAGGUUGCUUGUAUCAGAGUACAUGCCCAAUGACACCCUCAACAAACAUAUGUUUCAUUGGGAGAAACAAACCAUGGAGUGGGCUAUGCGAUUGAGAGUUGCAAUUUACGUAGCUGAAGCUUUAGAAUAUUGUAGUCAGAGUGGACACAAAUUGUACCAUGAUUUCAAUACUAUUCGGGUUCUCUUUGAUGAGAAUGGAAAUCCUCGGCUUUCAUGUUAUGGGUGGAUAAAAAACAGCAAAGAUGGCAAAAACUUCAGCACGAAUCUUGCUUAUACACCGCCGGAGUAUCUUAUAAGUGGUACGUUAAUUCCAGAGAGUGUUGUCUUCAGCUUUGGAACGUUUCUUUUGGAUCUUCUUAGUGGGAAACACAUCCCUCCGAGUCAUGCCGUUGAUACAAUUCAAAAACAAAACUUAGUUGUCUUGAUGGAUUCACACUUAGAAGGAAACUAUCCAGAGGAAGACGCAGCCACAGUGUUUGAUUUGGCUUCCAAAUGCCUCCACAAGAACCCUACGGACAGACCAGAAAUUAUAGAUAUCAUCUCCGUUCUCGCUACACUUCAACACAAACGAGAUGUUCCGUCCCAUGCUAUGCUUGGAAUUUCAAAACAUGAAAACCCUGAAACGGAGCGUCCAAAUUCUCCAAUUUACGAUGCAUGUCACAACAUGGACCUUGGAGCUCUUCAUCAGAUUCUUGAAGCAAUGGAAUACAAAGAAGACGAGGUUACUUGUGAACUCUCUUUCCAGCAAUGGUCUCAACAAAUAAAAGAUGUGUGGAACACUAGACAACAAGGCGAUUCAGCUUUUAAGAACAAAUCUUUCGAAUCUGCUAUCGAAAAGUAUACUCAGUUCAUAGAAACAGGAAUCAUGAUCUCUCCUACUGUUUAUGCACGAAGAAGCAUGUGCUAUCUCUUUUGUGACCAGCCAGAUGCAGCACUUCGAGAUGCGAUGCAAGCACAAUGCAUCUACUCCGACUGGCCCACUGCAUUUUACCUCCAGGCCGUAGCUCUUGCAAAGCUGAAUAUGGUCGAAGAUUCAGCUAACAUGCUAAAAGAAGCCUCCAUCUUGGAGAAAAAGAGGUGUUCAUAAGGUGAACACAUUGCAUUACACUAAGUAUAUAUACCAUUUGGAUUAACCGUAAACAAAAAAAAAAGAUAUAUGCGCAUGUAUGAUGAAUAGUAAAU